AUAUUCCUGUAACUUUUUUUCUCCAGGUAAAAAUGAGAACAGCAGAGUGAACAAGCAGCUCCAUGUCCUUCCUUUAUACCUCCCUAGUGAAUAUUGUACACAGAACGGAGGAUUGCAGACAGUGGAGGCAGACUGGCAAGGAUAGUAUUUUCCCUUCCUCACGGAAGUAUGCUGUUAGAACUUGCAAAGCACGAGGUUCAUGCUACCACCGCCUUGUCAAAUCCAAACAGACUUCUCCCAACCAGAGUUGGAUUAGUUUUUAUCAAUGCAGCAACCUUAUCCUCCCUCAACAUGCUAAGGAAGUUUCUCACAUUAAACAACUCGAGAGCUCAAGACACGGAAUUACGAAGGCUGGAAGAGAGGCGUUUUUGUCCCGAUUCCAAGCCAACUGAAAUCGUUGCAGGCCCUCGGGUUCAAAUUCCCUGAUGGGUUUAAGCUGAAGAAGUCGAAAAAAGAAGAAACCAAUGUUUCCAAAAGCUUUAAUCCUCUGAAGAGUUCCCUGAUUUCACUCCAGGAAGAGAAAUGCAAGGUUGGUUGCGAUCUCUAAGUUGGACUGCUGCUUCUUUCAGUGAUGCUCAUUGCUCAGUGCUGCUUCAUCUAGGACUGCUGCUACCAACAGUGCUGCUUCAGCUAGGACUGCUGCUACCUACAUUGCUACUCAAUCUAGGACUGCUGCUACCUACAGUGCUACUCAAUCUAGGACUGCUGCUUUCUCCAAAGAUGGUGACAUCACUGUAUCUGAGUUUGUGUUCUGAAGUGGAGAGGCUGUGUUCUGAAGAGGAGAGGCUGUGUUCUGAAGAGGAGAGGCUGUGUUCUGAAGAGGAGAGGCUGUGUUCUGAAGAGGAGAGGCUGUGUUCUGAAGAGGAGAGGCUGUGUUCUGAAGAGGAGAGGCUGUGUUCUGAAGAGGAGAGGCUGUGUUCUGAAGAGGAGAGGCUGUGUUCUGAAGAGGAGAGGCUGUGUUCNGGGAGAGGCUGGUCUUCUGAAGAGGAGAGGCUGGUCUUCUGAAGUGGAGAGGCUGUCUUCUGAAGUGGAGAGGCUGUCUUCUGAAGUGAAGGUAUCAGUCCUGGAGAUUAUCAUUUUCCUCAAAUAGUAAUGUUGUUAAUUGCUUACAAGUAACUUUCAAUAAAAGAGAAGUUAUUCUUUUU